AUGGCGGAGAAGCGGAGGGGCUCGCCGUGCAGCAUGCUGAGCCUCCGGGCGCACGCCUUCUCCGUGGAGGCGCUCAUCGGCGCCGAGAAGCAGCAGCAGCUCCAGAGGAAGCGCAGGAAGCUGGCCGCCGGAGAGGCGCCCGGGGCGGCGGACGACGCCGGCUGCAGCGCGGCCGAGCGGGGCAGCUCCGAGGCGGACGAGGACGCGGCUCCCCCGGCUCCCCCGGCUCCCCCGCCGUCAGCCGGGGCGGCGUCCGGAAACUGCGCGGACGCGGAGCGGAGCUGCGCCUCCCGCGGGGCGGCGGGCAGCUGUGAGGACGGCUUCCCCCAGGGCGCCUCCCCGAUGGCGUCCCCUCGAGGAUCCCCGAAGGGGUCUCCGGUCCCUGGCCUGGCCGGCCCCGGGACCCCGCUGCCCGCGCCGCAGGCCCCGAGGGUGGAUCUGCAAGGAGCGGAGCUCUGGAAGCGCUUUCACGAAAUAGGCACGGAGAUGAUCAUCACCAAAGCCGGCAGGCGCAUGUUUCCAGCAAUGAGAGUGAAGAUCUCCGGAUUAGAUCCGCACCAGCAGUAUUACAUUGCCAUGGAUAUUGUGCCAGUGGACAACAAAAGAUACAGGUAUGUGUAUCACAGCUCUAAAUGGAUGGUGGCAGGUAAUGCUGAUUCCCCGGUGCCACCCCGAGUGUAUAUUCAUCCGGACUCACCUGCCUCUGGGGAGACUUGGAUGAGACAAGUGAUCAGCUUCGACAAGCUGAAGCUUACCAACAAUGAACUGGACGACCAAGGCCAUAUUAUUCUUCAUUCUAUGCACAAAUACCAACCGCGCGUGCACGUCAUUCGUAAGGACUGUGGGGACGAUCUGUCCCCUAUCAAGCCUGUUCCUUCAGGAGAGGGAGUGAAGGCAUUCUCCUUCCCAGAAACCGUUUUCACGACUGUCACUGCCUAUCAGAAUCAGCAGAUUACUCGCCUUAAAAUAGACAGGAAUCCCUUUGCCAAAGGUUUCCGAGACUCUGGGAGAAACAGGAUGGGUUUGGAGGCCCUGGUGGAGUCAUAUGCAUUCUGGAGACCAUCACUACGGACUCUUACCUUUGAAGAUAUUCCUGGAAUUCCAAAGCAAGGCAGCACAAGUUCUUCCACUCUACUCCAAGGUCCCGGGAAUGGGGUUCCUGCCACACACCCUCACCUGCUGUCCGGCUCCUCUUGUUCCUCUCCUGCCUUCCAUCUGGGGCCGAACACCAGCCAGCUGUGUACUCUGGCUCCUGCCGACUAUUCCGCCUGUGCCCGGUCGGGCCUCGCCCUCAACCGAUACAGCACGUCCCUGGCAGAGACCUACAACAGGCUCACCAACCAGGGCAGCGAGACCUUUGCCCCACCCAGGACUCCUUCCUAUGUGGGUGUGAGCAGCAGCCCCUCUGUGAACAUGUCCAUGGGUGGCAGCGACGGGGACACCUUCAGCUGCCCGCAGACCAGCCUAUCCAUGCAGAUCUCAGGGAUGUCCCCGCAGCUCCAGUACAUCAUGCCCUCGCCGUCCAGCAACGCCUUUGCCGCCAACCAGACCCAUCAGGGCUCCUACAACACUUUCCGGUUACACAGUCCCUGUGCCUUAUAUGGAUAUAACUUCUCCACAUCCCCAAAACUGGCUGCCAGUCCUGAGAAAAUUGUCUCUUCCCAAGGAAGUUUCUUGGGAUCCUCGCCGAGCGGGACCAUGACCGAUCGGCAGAUGUUGCCUCCUGUGGAAGGAGUGCACCUGCUUAGCAGUGGGGGCCAGCAGAGUUUCUUUGACUCCAGGACCCUAGGAAGCUUAACUCUGUCAUCUUCUCAAGUGUCGGCACAUAUGGUGUGA